AUGCAAUAUAUCACUGACCCCAGGCACUCAUCCAGCAUGACCUCGUCCUCCUCAUCCUCCACGGCCAGAGCAGCUGAGCCUUAUCACCAAGGCAACAUCAGAAUGACCCUGGAGAACUCUGACCUCUGGAGGUCCUUCCAUAACCUGGGGACGGAGAUGAUCAUUACGAAACCUGGCAGGAGAAUGUUCCCACACUGCAACAUCAGUGUAUCAGGAUUGUCUCCUUACACUAACUAUUUCAUUAUAGUGGAUAUGGUUCCUGUGGACAACUUUAGGUAUAAGUGGAAUAAAGAACAGUGGGAGGUGGCAGGUAAGGCUGAGCCGCAGCCUCCCUGUAGGACCUAUGUCCACCCAGACUCCCCUGCACCAGGAAGCCACUGGAUGAAGCAGUCUAUCUCCCUCCUCAAGCUCAAGCUCACCAACAACACACUGGACCCUAGCGGCCAUAUUAUCUUGCACUCCAUGCAUCAGUACCAGCCCCGCUUUCACGUGGUCCAGGCAGAUGACCUGUACAACGUCCACUGGGCGCCGUUCCAGACCUUCAGCUUCACAGAGACCUGCUUCACUGCCGUCACUGCCUACCAGAAUACCAAGAUCACAAAGCUGAAGAUUGACCAUAACCCCUUUGCCAAAGGAUUCAGAGAGGAGGGGACUCACGGGAAAAGUAAAGUGAGGCUCACCUUUUUGGUUUUCGUCUUCUUUUCAAUUUGCAGAUUCCGCGCUCACAAGGGUCAGACCUGUCCAGAGAAUCCGGCCAAGAAACUGAGAACAGAGGCAGAGAAGGAUCUGGAAUACCAAAGCUGCACAGACUUCCCACGCCUGCCCUACGAUCCCCAGAGAGAGGAUGAUGAGGUGCCCAUGGGGCACAAGCAUGGCCCAGGCCCUCAGGACGACCACAUGUCCCCCUGGGACUCGGAGCAGGACCCAAGCCACAGCCUACACGGGGACGCCCCCAUGGACUUCAGCAGCUCAGAGCAGCUCGUGCCCGGUCAGGCCACCUACCACCUCUACAGAUCACAAGAUUUCAGGCGAUUGCCAUCACCUCCAAGUAUAGAGUCCAACGUGGACCGCCGCCAUUACGAGUCCUCCGUCGAUGUGGCCACCGUUCCUGACAGGGAGGUCACCAGACCCCAUAUUUCAGCUAAUGUAGGAGGCCCUCAGGGUCGGCCUCUGAACGGCUCAGUGUCCACCACCCACAUGCCAUUGGGCCCAAAGAACAAGCCUGGACAUGCCACUCCACCUGUGUAUGGCCACCACAUGGAGCUGCCGUGUGGACAGUGGAACGGACCAAUCCCCACGCAGUACCCCACUUCCGGCUACAACCACCCACAUCGUCUGAUGGUGGAACAUGGACACAGCCAUCACCAUGGUAACGUCACAGAGUGGAGCCAGUACCCACUGUUCUCGUACUCCUGCUGGUGA